GGUGUACAUGGUUCAACCACCUGGCUAUGAGGAUGGAACCGGUCGUGUCUGCAAACUUAACAAGGCCAUCUAUGGCUUGAAGCAGGCCCCGAGAUGCUGGUACAACAGGCUGGCCAGUGCACUGGAAGGGAUUGGAUUCCGUGCGAGUGCAUGCGACGAGAGCCUGUUCCUGAUGGGAGAGGGGGAGUCACUUGUGCUUCUGCUGGUGUACGUGGAUGACAUCCUGCUCUUCAGCAGCAGUGACAAGGAGAUCGAUGGGGUGCAGCGGAAGCUCACAGAGCAGUUCAAGUGCAAGUCACUUAGAGAGGCAAGGUACUACCUGGGAAUGCAUAUUGAGCGGGAUACUGAACGUGGCUGGCUCAAACUGCAUCAGGGACAGUACAUCAACACCUUGGCUGAGAAGUGCUCUCUGCAGGAAGAACGGGAAGUGGUCACACCUUUGCCUUCCGAGUUCAAACUCAUAAAGGCAGCUGAAGGAGAAGGAGUUGAGAGUGAAGACCAGAGGCAAUUCCAAUCCAUGGUCGGGAACCUACUCUACGCUGCUGUGCAUACUCGGCCUGACAUCAGCUUUGCUGUGGGACAGCUGGCUCGAGUAGUGCAAAAUCCAACAGAAGAGCAGUGUGGUGCAGCGAAGAGAGUGGUGCGCUACCUCAAGUCAUACCCUACAGUGGGAGUACAGUAUUCAGCCUCUGCUCAACUCAGUCAAAAAAGAAUUGAAGUCCUCAAAGAGAAGGGGGAGCAGCUCGGAGAAGGAAAGGUGUUCCUUUCCUGUUUUGCUGAUGCCACGUGGGCUUCUGAGCAUGAGGAUUCAUCAUCAGUUGGUGGAUACAUCUGCAUGGUGGGAGGUGGGCCUGUAAGUUGGAGGUCCAAGAAGCAGUCUGAGACGGCACUAUCUUCAGUGGAAUCUGAGUACAUGGCGAUGUUUCAUGCGGCAAAAGAAAUCAUCUGGCUAAGGAGGCUCUUGAAGGAGAUCGGCCAUGAACAGACUUGUGCGACACCUCUGUUCAGUGAUAGCAAGGGAGCCAUUGCCAUGGCACGCAAUGCAGUUCUUCAUGGGUUGAACAAGCACAUGAGGAUCAUGUGGCAUUGGCUGCGGAAGGAGGUGAAGCUUGGGACACUGGAUCCGAUCUACGUGAAAACUCAGCAACAGCCAGCCGACUUCCUUACCAAGCGGCUAGCUGAAGAGCCACACUGGCGCUGUGCGAGGAUGGCGGGAAUGUCCUUGAACUAGAGACGGCGAAACAAGCCGACAGUCUGAG